CAGCUAAGGCAACAAAACUUUCCACCGGCCCCCCCCGAGGUGACAUUUCCGGAGGAUGCUGGGGCUGAGCUGAGCUGGGCUGCGGAGCUCCCCAGAGAGCAGGGACCAUGGAGCAGCUGCCAGCCCUGAGCACCGUCCUCUGCGCCGUCCUCCUCAUCCCCACCUGGGGAGCAGGUCUCACAGUGCUUCAGAGCCCUGUUGUCCUCCGAGCGUCCCCCGGCGAGACCAUGAACCUCAGCUGCUCCUUUGAGAACAGACAGGGCAGCGUGGUCAAAGCGACGUGGACUAGAGCACCCGGGGUUGUGCUGGAAUCUCACCAUCCCUUCUACAACGGACGGCUCAAUAUGUCCGACCUGGAUCUGCUCCAGAAAGGGGAGGUCACGCUGACCCUGUCGGAGUUGGAGAAGCGGGACUCUGGUCUCUAUCAGUGUCACAUCAGCAUCCGCCAGGGAGAGAGCGGGACAGGAGCGGGCACCGAGCUGCAGGUGAUGGGGAGAAACCAGAGUGACACAGGUAAAGAACCUGCCCCCGUAGGGUGCUGCACCCGGGAGCUCCUGUACCAGGUCGCCAUCGCCUUGGGGCUCCUUCUCAUCCUUGGCCUGGUGGCCACCCUCCUCCUGAAGAGACGCCGAGCGCCGCCCCCCUCGCAGCCCCGCCAGCGGCAGCCGAAGGGCCACGGCAGCCGGGGGGGCCGAGGAGAGCGAGAGCGUGCACUACUCAGAGAUUAAAUUCCAGACUCCAGGACGCAGGGAACACACCUCCAACCACACCCAGCGGCGCUGAGUCCCUCUGCACCCAGCACCACCUGAGUCCCUCACACUCGUAGCCACGCCGCCAGGAGGGAAUUCCCCACAGGAGGAGACCCUCAGAGGGUUUGAGGGAGAGCAGAAGAAAAUUAUGGGUGUGAAAGUCCAUGUGAACCCCAACAAAACCCAACUAGCCCUGUCUACGGCAGGGAAUAAUCUACUAGGGCAUGGAUCUACCCUCAGGAAAUGCCUUCUCCGGGCCUCCUGGAUAUAACUAUAUCACGUCCCUGUGUGUUAUUUCCCUGUCCUCUCUGGCGUGAUUGCAACGCCUCCCUGUGGAGCGUGACCAGCUGGGGGUAAUUAACGCAGCGUCUGGUCCCUCUUCCUAACUGAGCACGAAGAGAAACGCUCGCCCAGCUCAGCAUGGUGUGGGCGGUGGAACUGGUCUGAGUGACCAGCAUGACUGCUCCAGCCGGCUGGACUUGCUCAAAGAAAGUGAUUUUUUUUGGUCUAAAAAUAA